GACAAACGUAUCCAUGAAGAAACCCCAAAAUAUCAGAAGUUCAAGAACUCCGAGGAUGUUUCCGGACGAGGGAUCGUCGUCCUCCGUGACUUCCUCCUUCCCUCUGCAAGCUUUUCAGAUGACGGCGGCGACGCCGCCGGACCCAUGGCCGAAGGAGUUGAAAUCGGAGGAGAGGGGUCUGUAUCUGAUCCAUCUCUUGCUCACCUGCGCCGGCCACGUCGCCGCCGGCAGCCUGGAAAGCGCCAACGCGGUACUCGACCAGAUCUCCGACCUCGCCUCCCCCUGCGGCGACACCAUGCAGCGCAUCGCGUGUUACUUCGCCGGAGCACUCGCCGACAGGGUGCUCCGGCAACUUCCCGGCGUUUACAGAGCCCUCCGCGCCACCGAUCUGGUCUCGCCGGCGGAGUGUUUUCUUGCACGGAAGGUGUUCGACGAAUGGUUCCCGUUCUCGAAAGUGUCUUUCCUUGUGGCUAACCAAGCCAUAUUGGAGGCCAUGGAAGGGGAGAAAAUGGUCCACAUAAUAGAUUUCAACACGGCUGACCCGGCCCCGUGGCGGGCCAUUCUUCGGGACUUCAGUACUAGGCCUGAAGGCCCGCCACAUCUCCGCCUGACGGGGGUCCACCCCGUUAGAGAUGUGGUCGAACAAACGGGCCGGGUCCUGGUCGAUGAGGCAGAAAAACUAGAUAUCCCUUUCCAGUUCAAUUACAUAGUUACCAAAUUCGAGAAUCUAGAUUUGGAUAGAGUUCGAAUCAAGACCGGGGAAGCUUUAGUAAUUUCUUCCGUUUUACAAUUCCACACCUUACUCGCCCCCCACGAGAACAUUAUCCCGUCCAACCAAGCCACAUUGGGCGAAUCGACCGAAAAGGAUUCGGAGAAUUCGACUUCGUCCGCUUUAAUAUUCAGCCCGACCAAUGAGAUCGAACCCUUCCUCAACUACCUCUCCGGCUUAUCACCAAAAGUAAUGGUGGUCACCGAACAAGAGAAUGACCAUAACGGACCGAACCUAAUGGAGAGGCUAUCUGAGUCCCUAUACUUCUACGCAACCUUGUUUGACUGCGUAGAGUCUACCCUGCCCAGAUCCUCGUUGGAUCGGGCAAGGCUCGAGAACAGGGUCUUAGGAGAGGAGAUCAAAAACAUUAUCGCUGAAGAAGGGGUCGAGAGGAAGGAAAGGCACGAGAAGCUCCCCAAGUGGUUUGGGCGGUUCGGGUCCAUCGGGUUUUACAAUGUGCCUUUGAGUUACUACGCGAUGACACGGGGGAAGAGGUUCUUGGAGAGCUUUGGGUGCGACGGGUAUAAGAUGAAGGAAGAGAACGGGUGUGCGGUUAUGUGUUGGCAUGAUCGCCCUCUCUACUCGGUGUCUGCGUGGAGAUGCGGGAGGUGAAGGGUUCCAACGGCUAUACAACGUAAGGAUUAUGCUAGGGUCGCUCCAAGGGUGAUCUCAUAAAUAUUUGCAAUCUUUUCAUUUUGUGUUUGGUGUGUGUUUGAAAAUAAAAGCAUGAAAUCUUCCAAAUGUUACAUUGCUUUGAAGUUGUGUUUGAAAAAUAAUGUAAACUUCAAUUU